AUGUAUGCUCAGUGUCACGGAACAUUGGGCAUUUUUAUGUAUGCUCAGUCUCACUGGACAUUGGGCAUUUUUAUGUAUGCUCAGUCUCACUGGACAUUAUGCAUUUUUAUGUAUGCUCAGUCUCACUGGACAUUGGGCAUUUUUAUGUAUGCUCAAUCUCACUGGACAUUGGGCAUUUUUAUGUAUUCUCAGUCUCACUGGACAUUGGGCAUUUUUAUGUAUGCUCAGUCUCACUGGACAUUGGGCAUUCCCAUGUAUGCUCAGUCUCACUGGACAUUAGGCAUUUUUUAUGUAUGCUCAGUCUCACGAAACAUUGGCAUUUUUAUGUAUGCUCAGUCUCACUGGACAUUGGGCAUUCCCAUGUAUGCUCAGUCUCACGGGACACUGGGCAUUUUUAUGUAUGCUCAGUCUUACUGGACAUUGGGCAUUUUUAUGUAUGCUCAGUCUCACGGGACACUGGGCUUUCUCAUGCAUGCUCAGUCUCACGGAACAUUGGGCUUUCCCAUGUAUGCUCAGUCUCACGGGACAUUGGGCAUUCCCAUGCAUGCUCAGUUCUCUAGUGUAGCAGCUAUCCUAGUUUACCCAUAUGACAACUCUUCUUUCUCCAGCUUGUAG